UAUAAAAUAAAAUUAAAAAGAAUUAGAAUAAUAAUUAUGUCCCUGGUUUUUGCUAGAAGGGUUCUUCAGGGGAGAGCUCCUCUUUUGUUAUCCUCUUCCUCGUCAGCAGUACCUUCCAUUCAUAUGCUGUGGCGUCGUUCUUUCUCUUUAUCAAAUGAGGACAAGGAGAAAUUGGAGGCUGCCAAGGGAAAAGUCAGUCAGCUUACCACUGAUCCUGGGAAUGAUAAAAAGCUGGAGUUAUAUGCACUCUACAAGCAGGCUGUCGAGGGCCCUUGUGAUACACCUAAGCCAGGUGUGAUGGAUUUUGUUGGACGUGCUAAAUGGAAUGCUUGGAACUCAUUAGGACAAUUAUCACAGAGUGAGGCUGCCGUCAAAUACAGUGAAUUGGUUGAUUCUCUGGUUGGUAGUAGUACAUCUAACGAGACCGCAUCUCCUUCAAAUCCUGUCAAACUGUCAAGCGAUGAUUUGCUAGUGACAGAAGAAGGCGGAGUUCAGACCAUCACUCUAAACCGUCCCUCAAAGAAGAAUGCCAUAACAGUCAAAAUGUACGAGGACAUUACUUCUCUCUUGAACUCAAGUGCCAGUAACCCAGCUAUCAAAGCUACCGUGGUGACCGGUAACGGAGACUACUAUUGCAGUGGAAACGACCUUUCUAAUUUUAUGAAUAUCCCUCCAGAAGGACCAGAGAAACUAGCAGCUGAUAGUGCAAUAUUACUGAGGAAUUUCGUUUCCAGUUUGAUACGUUAUCCAAAGCCAUUGGUUGCAUGUGUCAAUGGACCUGCUGUUGGCAUAUCAGUUACUACACUCCUUUUAUUUGAUUUAGUAUAUGCAGCAGAUAAUGCAACAUUUCAUACUCCAUUCAUGCAAUUGGGACAAAGUCCUGAGGCUUGCUCGUCAUUCCUGUACCCGCGAAUAAUGGGACCGGCUAAAUCCAAUGAGCUAUUGAUAUUAGGACGUAAGAUAUCGGCAGAGGAAGCUUUUGAGAGAAACAUGAUUACAAGAGUGUUUCCAAAGGACGAGCUACAAGAGAGAGUCAAGGAGAUAGUGAGGGAGCUAUCAGAGUUGCCUCAUCAAUCGGUUGUGAAGAGUAAAGCACUCAUCCGCUCCUCAUUUACUGAUCUGUUGGAAGAUGCUAAUGCUAAGGAGUGCGAGCUACUCAGGGAGAGGUGGCUAUCAGAAGAAUGCAUGCAAGCUAUAAUGAAGUUCUUAGAAAAGAGAAAAUAAGCAUAGCAAAAACAUUUAUUGUAGCAUUUAUUUUAAUCAGGUGUCUUAGAUUUCUAAUCACUGAAAAGAUUGGCAAGUAAUAUUUAUUUCAGCAA